AUGCUUUGAUAUAUAAGUCGAUGUCAUUCGUAUAUUUAAAAAUGCAUAUCGUGUGUGCUUAAGUAACUUAACGAGUUCGUUGGCAUAUAGAAUUAUAAUGGCACAAGUCUUCAAGUUAUUCUGUUUUGCAAUUUCUGUACUACUAUUUUUACAGUUGGCCGAUGCAGGUGGCUCUAAAAAAGAUCCUAGUACAGAUGACGCGGAGUCAAGCGAUCAAGACGGAGAAGACCAAAAACCAACUUUGUUCAAAAAUAUUGAUAAAAUCAAAGAUAGUAAGCCUGUACAAGUAGCAAAAGAGAUAACAAGUAUUGCAAAAGAACACUUGGAUACAUUUUCAAAGGACUUCGAAUCUACGCUAAAAGCUGAAGAAGAAAAACAAAAAAACGUGGACGAUGAAGAUUCGAUCGUUCCAAAAGUCAUUCAAAAUAAUGUAGUUCUACCUGCAAAGGCCUUUGCCCAAACAAGUAUCAAUACUCUUCGAGAACCUGUAGGAAAUAUGAUAUCUAACGUCCAACAAACAUAUGCUGAUGAAUUAGCUAAAUCAGAACAGGAUGAAAAUUAUGUUCCGAUAAUUGGAUCUUUUACAAAAAGAGCAAAUAAACCAGUUGCUUUAUUGAAAGCCUCGAAAGAUAUUGUAGGAAAUACAUUCGGUAGCAUAUUUGGAAAAGCGUCAUCGCUUUGGAAUUCGACUAGUUCGAAUAAAAAAAAAAAAGCUGAGAAACCUGAAAAAGAAGACAAAUGAAGAUACAAAAAAUAAGUGAAUUAGUGUUAUUUUGAAUACAAUAAAUUUAUAAUCAUGGUUUAAGCAUGUUAAUAAAUAGUUUAACUCAAUACAUAUAAAAAAUAUUCAGAAGUUAUGGUACUUACUACGUUGGAUUUAAAAAACAACAAAAAACAGACAUUAUAUUUAUUACGAUUUACGUUAGUUAUUAUAUUAUAUAAAUUAUUACAAAGAAGUUGUAAUUCCAAUUAUUCUACAUAAUACAGUUUAAAAUACUCAGAA